CCGGUUUCCUUUUGCAUUCUGGGAGCUGAGGAAACGAUCUUAAAUCGUUCUUUGGCGGGGGAGUUGGAAUUUAUAUUGUUAUAUCUUUUUUAAGGAGGAUUUCAAGAAGUGAUAACUUUUUCAUUUUUAUACUCAUUUGUUGUAGUUUCUUUGUUUGCGCAAGGGCCGUUUAGGGUUAGUGUUGCUGCAGACAUGUCUAUUGGUGUGCCAAUAAAAGUUCUUCAUGAAGCCGAGGGCCAUGUUGUCACUUGUGAAACCAACACAGGAGAGGUUUACAGAGGGAAACUUAUUGAAGCAGAAGACAACAUGAAUUGUCAGAUGUCCAAUAUUACAGUGACUUACAGAGAUGGUCGUGUAGCACAGCUGGAACAAGUUUAUAUCAGAGGCAGCAAAAUAAGGUUCCUGAUAUUGCCAGACAUGUUAAAGAAUGCACCUAUGUUAAAAAGUAUGAAAAACAAAAACCAGGGCUCUGGGGCUGGCAGAGGGAAAGCUGCAAUUCUCAAAGCACAAGUGGCUGCCAGAGGCCGGGGUCGUGGUGGUGGACGUGGGAACAUUUUUCAGAAACGGCGAUAAGAUUUAGUACCCAAAGUCUGCAAAUAUUUGAAGACUGUUUCUUUAGUUUGAAUGGUUCACUUGAAAAGUUGUAUUUUGUUUUUUUAUGUCUCUUAAUAAAAUGUUAAAACUA